GGCUGCCGGCGCCGCCGCCAGUGAGGCUGCGCUGAGGCUGCGGGGCCGGAUGGCCGAGCCGCCCGCCCCGCUCACUCGGGCGGCGGCCGGCGGCGGGCGAGGAGCCGGAGCGAGCCCUCCCUGCAGGGAGAGCCAGCCCUGCGGCGGGCAGCGCCAUGGUCUCAUGGAUCAUCUCCAGGCUGGUGGUGCUUAUCUUUGGCACUCUUUACCCUGCCUAUUAUUCGUACAAAGCCGUGAAAUCAAAGGACAUCAAAGAAUAUGUCAAGUGGAUGAUGUACUGGAUCAUCUUUGCGCUUUUCACCACAGCAGAGACCUUCACGGAUAUCUUUCUGUGCUGGUUUCCAUUCUACUAUGAACUCAAAAUAGCUUUUGUAGCUUGGCUGCUGUCUCCAUACACAAAAGGCUCCAGUCUCCUGUACAGAAAAUUUGUUCAUCCAACACUGUCUUCAAAGGAAAAGGAGAUCGAUGACUGCCUCAUCCAGGCCAAGGACCGCAGCUACGACGCGCUGGUGCACUUCGGCAAGCGGGGGCUGAACGUCGCAGCCACAGCAGCUGUCAUGGCAGCUUCGAAGGGACAGGGAGCCCUAUCUGAGAGACUGAGGAGCUUCAGCAUGCAGGACCUCUCAACGAUCCGCGGGGACAGCAGCAGCACUGUGCCUGCCUCGGUCACUGUGCGAGCUGGCAGCAAACAGAGCCAGCCCAAGGCGUCCCGCAGCGCCUCGGAGGGCAGCGGCAGCUCGGGUAAGUGCCAGCCUUGUUCUCCCUGCAGAUUACUGCAAAAAUAAAUAGGUGUGGACAAUAAGUAUCAAAAGCCAGCUGAGGCCAGCUGUGAGGUGGAAGGCUCUGUGUUCUCAGAUGAUGAAGAGAACAAUUCACUGGAUCCUGCAUCCAUGAGCAAAAGGCCGAAAAAGAAGGCUCCACCCCUUGAGGCACCGCCUAGAACCCUUAGACCUCGCUUGAGGAAAAGUACCUCGUCCUCUGCCACUGAAACCAUGUGAGUGCAACGAGCCAGGAGCACCUAGAUCCACAGAAUGUCUCUCCUCUGCCUUAAAGAGCUCCUUGUUAACCGUGUAGGAAGCAGCCGUGGGGUGGAUGUGCUUUGAUGUACAGCACUGUAGCUGUGGCCUCUCUCCUCUUUCUACCUUCAGUCUCCUGUCUGCCGUCUUCAGGGAUGAGGUGGGCAAGCAACCUGGCAGCGCCCUUCAGCCCCAGCCUGCCAGGCUGUGCAUUUACUGCUGCCACCCAUGUCUGCAUAGCUCUGGCUGUGUGAAUACACAGCACCAGGGCAGUUCCUGCUGAGACGUUGGCAGCGCAGCUAUCGAUGGCCCUGCGGAAGCCACGAAUUGCUCUGCCCUCCCUUCCUCUCUAGACUGGGAAUGCUGGGCAUGCAACAAGUGCCCAACACCUUGACUGUGCAAUGCAUCCACCAGUCCUUAGUGAAGCUGAGCUGCAGCUGCUCCUCUUUCUGCAAGUCACCACCUCAUUGUGCUACCCCCAUAGAUCCAGACCCACUCAGAGGACGAGGAAGAGGCAUGCAAGAGGGAAUAAAUGGUUUUAACAGUGUAAUGAGAGGGGAGUCUGAAUUUUGAUCAGCCUGAGCCAGGACAGUGCUGUGUGGCUAGAACUAGAUGGGCUUGCUUGCGGCAAGUGUCCUGCCAGCAGCUGCAGGCUGUGAGCAAGGCUGGUCAGUACUGCUGUGGUGCCAUGCUGCAGAACACGCAGCUUGCUCCCCUGCCUGCCAGCCCCAGCACGCUGCUUGCCUGUUUGGGUUCUGCUGUUUGUCUUGCAGGAGCGGAGCAGGGCUCUGGGCCUGAGCCUGGAGAUUCAGCUGUAGCACAGUCUGGUUAGAACCAGACCCACACAGAGUGCUGUGUUUGUGUCCCUAUGUGGUUAAGAAGUGCACCAGAAGAGGGUUUGUGUAUUUGUGCUUCACGUAGGUGUCUCUUGUAAGUGUCGAGCAUGUGAAAUUCACACAACUUAACGAUGUGCCCUUUGUGUUUGCUCUUGGAGCUGUCACAUAGACUAGGAGCCACUUGGCAGUAGGUAGGAAGUGGCAGCACCAGCCGGGCAGUGCCCGGCUGCUCACCUGGCACAGCUGCAGCAGCCUGGUCUGGAGUGGGUCAGGCUCAGAGCAAGCUGUAGUGGCCCUGGAAACCUUUCCUCUGCCAGCUGUGCAUCCAUAUCUCAGUUGUCCCUGUGUGGGGCAAUCCUUAAGCUAUCCCCAAGCUUCCUAUGUGUGGGGAAGAGAGAAACCAAUCUGGUGUUAGUCUGGCCAGGCUGGGACAGAUAAAAGCAUACAGGUGUUUCUAGUGUCUGCCACGGGCUUUGGCCUCCUCACUGAGGAUUUAUUUCCUUUACAUGUGCUCAUUCAGUCAUGUUUUGCAGUGGAGGAGAAGGGAAAAGUAGAUUGGACAAAACAGCAAACCUGAGCAGCAGUUACAGAAGAGUCCUUGGGAGACACUCAGCAGAGGCUGGGAGGAGCUGAGCCUGUCAGGUUUAUUUUUAAGCAGCUUUAAUUCAUCAUAUUUCUUUUGGUGAACAUUAAGAAUACAAAUCCUGCCUGCAAGGUUAGCAGCACCUCUUGCUGCAAGCUGUUCUUCCCUGCUCUGCAAGGGCCUGGCUAAGAGAAGACAAGAAACUGACAAGUUUGCACUCAGUGAUGCCAACCCCCCAGCAGCACUGAGCUGUGUGACUGCUGCCAGCCUUCUCUCAGCCCUGCUGUGCCAACAGGGGAGCAUCACUGCAGCCAUUAACGGGCUGCUCUGCUGUAGCCCUGACUGUGAGCAUGAGCUGCUGAGAAGGGAGCUGCCUUAUGUCUCAUGCACUGCAUAAAUGAGGAACAGGAACCUUUUCCUGCCUCUGGCAAAGUGUGACUGCAGCACCUGAGCUGUGCAUUUAAGUAUGGACAGGCCAGAAAGGUGCUGCUGCCACCUACACCUGGUACUGCAGAGAACCCUCCCCUGCUUCAGGCUCCUCAGCCUCCACAAGCGUUGCCCUGACCCUGGCACUUCUCUCACUGGUUACUUGUGCAAGCACCAGACAUGGAGGCUGUGGUGCCAGCUGUCCCUCGAGCCUCUGCCAAGGACUGAGCUGGGCUCAGCAAGCCACCUUCCUGCACUGGUGCUGACCCCUCCCAGCAUGCUGCAGUGAGCAGAGAAUCUGGGUGCUGGCUUCUUAGCUCUGUGUUGGUGGGGAGCAGAUGAGCUUCCUCCUCCCAAAUGCUUUCAGCUGACGUUGCAGUAUCAAGAGCUGUGGCUGAAGUAAGGUAAGCCCAGCCUGGGGACCUUUUCAGCAGCAGCCCUGCAGGGCAGGCCAGCACCUCCUGAUUUUCAGAGAUGGCCUGGUGAGUAAGGCAGCCAGGGACAGGCCAGCCCCAGCAGGCACAGCCUGUUCCCAACACAAGGCCCAAGAGAAGCCUGCGUUGUUUGGAGCAAGUAGUAUUGAGGCUGAGAAAGGAAACUGCAGCUGGUCAAUGGGAACUGGCCUGUGAAUGCUCUGCCACAGCUACCAGUUCUCUUUCCUGAGGGCAGCCCUCCACAUCUCCUGCCUUGCCACAGGGUUCAGCUACAGCUGUCACCAGCUGUCAAAUACAGCCAAGGCAGACUCCAUGUGUGUGUCACUGCCACCUGGGGAUCAGUCCUACACCAAUCCCAAAGGUCCAAGUGACAGAGCCCUGGAGCAGGCUGCCCAAAGAGGUUGUGGAGUUUCCUUCUCUGCAGACUUUCCAAACCCAGCUGUAUGUGUUCAUGUGUCACCUGCCCUGGAUGACCCUUCUCUGGCAAGGGGGGUGGACUGGAUGAGCUCUGGAGGUCCCUUCCAGUCCCACCAUUCUGCGAUGCUGUGCAGUGCAAGCCCAGCCCAGCAGGGAAGGAGAAUCAGAGUGUUUAAUCCUGUCAAGGGAGAAAGCUGCUUGUGGAGCUGCUGCCAUCAAGCCUCAUGUAGGAACCUGCUGCCUCUGGCUGCUCUGUGGAGCCUCCUCACCUAGCUGUGGAGCUCCUCUGCUGUGACUGCCCACAGGGUUACCACAGCCUCCUCUAUGCUGCUUGCUCUAGGCACUUGUUCUGCACCUAGCCCCACGUCUGAGACAGCAGAGAGCAGUGUUUGGGGCUCUGGGGUCAGACGAGCAGGGUGAUGGCUGUGCACUUGCUGCCAUCCCUCUCCUGUGCUGAGGGCACACAAGGCCCCGCCCCCCUGGCUACCACAGCAGUAUGCCAAGGGCUGAUGCUUGGCUGAGUUUGUCACACUGCUUGGUACACACCUGAAUAGUUUUAACCUUCUCUUUAAAAACAAGGGGAAAAGCAAACACCUUGAGUCUGUUCACCAUAUCUGGCAGGCCAGAAUUGUUCCUUUGAUGGCUGUAUUACUUAGUUUCACUUCUGGCUGACUGUAUAUAGAUGUAUUCACCAAGUGCUGCAUGUCCUUCAGAACUUAAACUUUCUGUAUGAUGAACUGGAACACAAAAUACAGCUCCUGAACCCCC